GCUUGCUUGCUUGCAUUCAUUCCCUCCUCCGAGCUGCCUCCACAACAAUGCAGGGAUAAUUACCCUAUCUGUUUGGAUUUGCGCUGGUUUAUCCUUCUUGAAAAACAAAAGUGUAGCUGGACAAUAGAGGCAGCUGUCCCCCGAAAUGCUGAACGUUAUGAAUUCAGGGAAAACAACCUCAGAGGCGGACGCGGUUUGUCCGGAUCAAUUAAAUUCGCCCCAAGCAGAAGAGAGCAAGGAUAGGACGGUAUGUAUUUUACACUGGGUGACGAAGCCCAACGUCGGUGUCACUUUACCAAUGCCUGUACUUUCCCUGAAGCGACAGGAUUGAGCGAUUUCGGCACUGACGACACCAUGUGUGACUCAAAAAUGAACGUAACCUUAAACGCCGCGCGUUCCCUGCCUACGGCGUCCCUCUGAGCUAGCUUAGAUGACCUAAAACUAGCUAGCAUGAAGUUUUGCUUUCCACCGGUGAAAGUUAGUAUUCUCAUUUGAAAAACCAAAAUUGUGACAAAACAUCACAUUACGACAGGAGACGUAAAAUGAGUUUGUUUACCGGGAUUUUAAAGGUACGCUAAGCUAGCUCAUUUGCAGUAAGUAAUUAAGAGUAACUAGUGAGUGGCAAUGGGAAUGGAAAGUAAGGCUACUGACAGGAGAGGGGUAACGUUAGUAUGUAUGCUGGCUCUCAAGGUUAAAGCGGUGCAAGAAUUACGAUCAAGGCGUGAGGAAAGCUUGGAGCAGCAGCAUGCUUUUCCACUCCAGCAGACUCUAUCACUGCUGCAACUGAGGGCCAGGACCCAGCAGCACGGCUGCAGCUGAGGCCAGGGAAAAGGAGGAACAGUGGAGAGGGAAGAGGCAAGCUGCUAGAGGUGAAAGCAGCAGCCGCAGGAGGACAGAGAUGGAUGAGCAGUACUCCACAGGAUCAAUCAGUGCUGGCUAAUUUGGAGCCCCAGCCCAGGUACCUGGAAGACAGCUUUGAAAGGGUCGUGGGAGGUGAGGUGGCCAGUCCCAACUCCUGGCCUUGGCAGAUCUCUCUUCAGUACAGAUCUGGCAGCAGCUACUACCACACAUGCGGUGGAACCCUGAUUGAGAGAGGCUGGGUUAUGACAGCUGCUCACUGUGUGGACAGCAGUAGGACGUGGCGCGUCGUCCUCGGUGACCAUGACCUCUAUGUCUCCAAUGGCAGAGAGCAGGUCAUUGGUGUCAGCGCUGUUUACAUUCAUCCCAAGUGGGACUCCAGCAGUGUGGCAGGAGGGUAUGACAUCGCCCUACUGCGUUUGUCUUCUAUGGCCACUCUGAACUCUUAUGUCCAGCUGGGCUCUCUGCCUCCCUCUGGCCAGGUUCUGCCCAACAACAACCCCUGCUAUAUCACAGGAUGGGGACGCACUUCCACUGGUGGCAGCCUGUCUGCCCAGCUGAAGCAGGCUUUCCUUCCUGUGGUUGACUACAAGACCUGCAGCAGCAGUGACUGGUGGGGCAGCACUGUCAAGACCACCAUGGUGUGUGGUGGUGGUGGUGCUGAGGCUGGAUGCAAUGGUGACUCUGGUGGCCCUCUGAACUGCCUUGUUAAUGGAAAAUAUUACGUCCAUGGUAUUGCCAGCUUUGUUUCUGGUUAUGGAUGUAACUACCCCAAGAAGCCCACCGUCUUCACCCGUGUCUCUGCCUACAUCGAAUGGAUGGACUCGAUCAUGGCCUAAACAGAAGACUCUUCUGUGCUGGAGCACACAAAGACAGAGAGUGCCUCGACCAUGUUUUCAUCUGCAGUGGUUCAUCACUCGUCUGGUCUCAUUCUACCAAAAAUAAACUUAAUUAAACUUUGA